CGAUUUUGUUGACAGGGGAGAGGGAGAAUUUGUUUACCUACACAAUUUGAGUGAGCUGGAUCUGUAUGAAUAACCGAAGCGACACAACACGGGCAUUGUGGAAGUUCAGUUCAGCUGCAGCUGACCUACUGCGCCAAAGUUGUUUCGCAAGCAAAAACCAUCUAUCGCGACUAGGUAAUGUUUUUGUUGCUUUGUUCGCGACGGGAUUCAGACAUCUUAAUCGAUUGCGAUUGUGCUAAGCUUAUGAUCAUUGUUGUGUAAUCGAGCUUAUCAUCGACAUCAAUUCCUUUUGCAUUUUUUUUUUCGGGAAAAUGGGACGUAUAUAGAAGUGCGCAGUUUGGAAGUGCAUGGACAGAAAAGUGUAAACCGUAAUUGUGAAUCUUUCAGAGAAGGGGAACACAAAGGCACUACGUCAACAGUAGAAGCUGUGCGUGUGCAUUAAUAUUCAUCUGUUGCGGGGGUGUGCACACUGGUCUGCUGGAUAAACUCAUACUAUGUAUCUACCUAGUGGCUGUAAUAAAAACGUGUACCUAUAAUAAAGUUCAGAACGACGUUAAAUCCGUAAAAAUGGCAAAUGCAUUGCAUUCGAUUCUGCUUAUACCGUGCGUGAUGUGAAAUGCAUAUUGUGCCCCUUACAACGUUCAACGUUUUAUCUGUGAAGUGGAUCUGUGCAAAAGGUUGCAUGCACCAGUGAGUCAUAUUGUUCAAGGCUGAGACAAGAGAAGAAAACUGGAAGUGAAGUAAUUGCUGCCGUUCUUAUUUAUAAUCGUUUGCGCCUCAGACGGUUGCUGGAACAUCAGUCAGUAAUUGGAGUAAUCAUCAUUCAACUUUGUUUCGUCUAAACCUAACCAACAACCCGCAGGAUGGGCAACGUAGUCAAUAAGGUCACCAACCCGAUCCAGGCGAUGCGGGGCAAGAAGCGCAAACGAGAGGAUGAAGACUCGGACUGCAACGAGGAGAUCAACGAUUUGCUCGACAAAUCGCUUGCUACUCCUAAGCGAAAGAAGCUCAUCUCGACGGCCAAGUACAUCUACCAGGCACUGUUCAAGGAGGAACGCAACUCGGACAUCACGGUGCACGCCCUCGGGAAGGUGUGGCACCUGCACAAAGUUUACCUCAGCCAGAGUCCCUACUUUGCCAGCAUGUUCAACGGAUCGUGGCGGGAGGCGGACGAGGAUUACGUCCACAUUGAGAUAGUGGAUCCGAAGAUCACGAUUGAAUCGCUGUACUCGGUGUUCGGGGCGCUGUACAUGGACGAGGUUGUGCUGGAACCGAGGGAGAUUGUUUCGAUACUGGCCACGGCAACGCUGUUUCAGCUGGACAGUUUGAUCGACCGGUGUGCCGAGGUGAUGAUUGAGACUUCGAAUGCGGAGACGGCGGUCAAGUAUUACGAGGCAGCCUGCGAGUACGGUGUAAAAAGUGUGAAACAAUCCACGUUCAACUGGUUGCUGGUUAACCUGCUGAGUCUGUACUACAAAACCGGCAAGUGGUUACGGUUGAUUAGCAUCGAGCUGAUGGAACUGCUGGUGGCCAGUCCGGAUCUGUAUGUUAUGCAAACCGAGCUGUCGUUGUACACAUUGUUGAGGUAUUGGAUGUACCUAAAGCUGCAUCCGGGAGCGGAGGAGGUCGGAGCGUCGGAAGAAAAGUUACAGUAUUUCGCUAAUAGGCAGAGUUCGGUUGCAUUUUUGAAUACUCCGAAGGGAAAGCCGUUCGAAAAGUGCUUCCGUGCGUUGCGGCUGCACAAUUUACUUAAUCAUCAUGUGGACAUUAGGGUACUGAGGCAGGAUAACAUUAUACCGGUAGAGUGGAUGCAUGAACCGCUGUUUCAGCAGUGGAAUAGCAUGCUGCUGGUGGAUCAAACGCUGGACAAAGGCCCGAAGGACGUCGACGAAAAGUUAUUCUUGGAAUCGUGCAUACGGUGUGGUCGGACGCUGCCAGAAAACGAAUACCUGAAGUGGCGAUGGACCGGGUUCAAUUUCGGACUGGAUUUGAUCCUGAUAUCGGAUACCAAAACGCUGAGGGUAAAACGGCACCAUAGGACGGAGAACGAGCGGUUACUGAGCUUACAGGUGAAACGACAGUUUCAAAUCCGUGUCUCGGUAGCAUCCCUCAACGAUCUGCGGCAAAUCAAACACCAACAAACCACAGCCAUCCAGUCAGUGUCGUUGGACAAGAACGAAGAAGCUAUGCUGAUCAUGUUCGACAAGGAGCUCACCUACCCGCUACUCAUUUCCGUCAACAUGCUGGUGGUAUCACCUCCACGAACUAGUCCACCCAGCACACCGGCCCAGACAGCCGGACCGUCCAGUAGUAGUAGUUCCCGACAGCCUCAUCGACGAGACGAGGAAGAAUCUCUGGACGCCGGGGGGAACGAUAUCGCCGUGAGCUCAUGAUUGCACACCAUUCGCGCCAAAAGGGUUCGACGACCUCCGCGGUGGCAGCAGCGCUCCGGAGGAGAUACGUCAGGAUGCUGAAUUGUGUACUACCGGUAGGGGCUAGUGAACUCGCGUUUAUCGUUAUCUUCCGCCGGGUGCGAAGGUGUGGUAUCAGCUGUUUUUGAGGUUAUCGUGCGAUGUAGCGCCAGACUACGACUCUCACACAUGUCGGGUACACACUGUUGUUACGCACAGAUAGCGUUAUGUAGGGUAUGUGCAAUGUUAUAAACAUAGCCCUAAUUGAGCAUACUUGAGAUAUUCUUCUAAAUUUGAUUAGGCACUAGGUUUUCACACUAUUUACCAAGUAUGUCCAAAAAGGGAACUAUAAUGCUUAUAAUUGGCAUAUUUACCCUUAUUGUCGAUACUAACAGCAUUUUUCACUACGCUGAUAUCUGGGUACAUUGAAAGCGAUAAUAGAGGUUUAACGUAUAGUCUUAUAUCUUGAUCAGUUCGUAUCUUGUAAAUAGGUCCUGCUGAUAACAGGUGUGUGUGCCAUUUAUUCUCACGCCUUUUUCGCAAUACAACAACUCGAACUCAGUGUCUUAUUCUCUGUAACUAUCGGUGACUGAAACCGUGAAUGUUGGAAAGCUUUUUACAACUUCUGGAUUGUAGCUUGUUAUCGGGAUUGAGAACUUUAUUAUCUACACCUAUUGGAAUAUACAUAUGCUUUUGUGAACAUUGA